GCGACGGAUAUCCACUCUGCUUCGACUCAGCUAACUCUGACUCUUUUUCUUUCGUACAUCUCUUGCAACAUCCUCGAUAUCACCAACAGCCUGGAAACAACAUAAUCAGCACAUUGUGAUUGGCAUGCCGCUGCGUUUGGGACUGUUCCUGACCCACACUUUGAGAUAAAUCCUACCAACCAAAGUAUCAUUCCCUGUACUCCGCACCCGAGACAUUCUCAACCUGCAACAACAACAACAAGCUCCCGCAUCGAAUUCUCUAAACCGGUCCAUGACAAGACUGCAGUAAGCAUUCACAAUUCGCCAUGGCUAAGAAUUCGACUCGGUCACAUUCGCCGCCAGACAGGAUUGAGCACCUCAAUGCCUGUGUGUCGUCGCCGUCACCGCAGCCGCGGCCGUUUCAGAAGAAAGAUGCCACUCUUCGGGAAUGGGUUGUGCAGAAUCAAAUAGGCAUCUCAUUGACUACACUUUCGACUCUGCUCGCCGCUCACAACCUCUACCCCUCCGUUCAAUCCUUUACAGCGCCCUUUUUUCAAAUGUCCUAUUAUCACGGCGAGUCCGGUAAAUAUAAACAGGGCUGGGACGAUGUAUACUUUGUUAUAAGUGCUGUUUUUGCCUUUACCGCUGUUCGAGGUAUUGCAAUUGACUGGAUAUUCACGCCGUUGGGUAGACAUGCUGGCAUGAAAAGAAAGGCUUCUAUACGAUUUGCCGAGCAAGCAUGGCUGUUUUGCUAUGAUAUGACUUAUUGGAGCUACGGAAUGUAUCUUUGGAGCAAUUCAAGUUAUUGGGGCGACUUCAAGGCUAUUUGGGCGGAAUGGCCUAAGCAGGAGAUCACCGGAGAGAUGAAGUGGUAUCUAUUGACUCAGUUGGCUUUCUGGAUUCAGCAGAUCUUUACCGUUAAUAUCGAAGAGCGCCGGAAAGAUUAUUACCAUAUGCUGUCACACCAUGUGCUUACAAGCUCGUUGUUGAGUGCUGCUUAUAUCUACCGUUUCUAUAAUGUCGCCAAUGUGGUCUUGUCGUUGAUGGACAUUGUGGAUUUCCUUCUACCUGCUGCCAAGAUCCUCAAGUAUUUUGGCUACGAAAAGAUGUGCAACGUUGUAUUUGUCUCGCUGAUUUUGACAUGGCUCGUUACUCGUCACAUUCUUUACCCGAUGCUCUGCUGGUCCAUUUAUCAGUACGUUCCCGAAGUGAUGGCAUACGGAUGCUACGACGGCAAGACGGCAGAACUGUAUACCACGAACGGCUACCCCAACCGGUUUACCUAUAUGUUCGGCCCGUAUCUUAGCGAAGAAGGUCCGUUCUGUAUGAACUUCACCAUCAAGUGGAUUUUCCUUUCUUUCCUGCUAGCCAUUCAAGUGCUCUCGAUACUUUGGUUCGGCAUGAUUUUACGAGUUGCCAUCAAUGCAGUACGAUCGGGAAGCGCCGAGGACUCUCGAAGUGACGAGGAGGAUGGAGGUGAAGAGGAGGAGGAAGAAGUCGAAAUAUCAGUCAAUGAAAGUUUGAGCCGUGCUGCAGCUGAGAAGGCCUCUGGUUCCGAGGGCUCAUGGCGCCGUGCCAAUGCACCAGCACCGACUCGACGCGGCCACGGCGGAAUCCUAGGUGACAGUGACCGUAAAGCUCUCCUUGGAAGAAUUGGCUGUGACAAGCCGACACAUGAUUGAUUGAAUGAUUCCCAUUUGAUAUUGCACAUAUUGCUUUUUUGUGGUGUAUGAGCAUUGAGUGAGUUGAUGAUUGAUUUGAUAUUUUUCUACGCACUUGAAAAAUUGCGCGCUUUUUUUUGUCUCUUAAAGAAAUACAAAUACCCUUAUGUUCAGUUAUGCUUAUUUAGAUUACGAUGUUGUUCAGG